GUGCGCUGUUUCUACUUUCGUAUUGUUCCUCUUGUUAUUUCGAAAUCAGAGUGAUUAAAAGAGAAAAAGUGAGAAUGGGUUUAGGAGAAAGAGGAAACUGGGAUAAGAGCGAGUCCAGGUACUGUGGGGUGGAGACUGAGUUUAAUGAUGACGUUCCUCGCCUUUUGUCUUUCAAUCUCUCAUCUACCGGAUUUGAUUUCAUUGUGGCUCCCCUGACGGAUCCUACUUACAGACCAAGCUUGCUAGAAGCAGACAGUGGUAGCUCUCACGUUCCUCCAUUUGCUGGGUCAGACCUGGUUUUGAGUCCUUCCCAGUGGAGCAGUCAUGUUGUCGGAAAAAUCAGUUCGUGGAUUGACUUAGAUUCAGAGGACGAGAUUGUUCGGAUGGAUUCUGAAACUGCUUUAAAGCAAGAAAUUGCAUGGGCCACUCAUCUAUCCCUUCAGGCAUGCCUUCUUCCUUUUCCUAAGGGAGCAUCAUGCGCCAAUUAUGCUAGAUGUGUGAAUCAGAUUCUGCAGGGCCUAAGCAAUAUGCAGCUGUGGCUAAGGAUUCCGUUGUUAAAAACUGAUGAUGAUUCACCGAAUGUAGAUUCUGAUAAUCUGAUGGAUUCCUGGGAACUCUGGAAUUUAUUUCAACUAAUCUGUGAACACCAUAGUCAAUUGUCAGUUGCCCUUGAUAUUCUAAGUACACUACCUUCUGUGAAUUCAAUUGGACGGUGGUUUGGAGAGCCUGUCAGAGUUGCCAUAAUUCAUACUGAUUCUUUCCUGACAAAUGCACGAGGUUACCCAUGCUUGUCAAAGAGCCAUCAAAAGAUAAUAAAUGGGUUCUUUAACCAUUCUGUACAGAUGAUUAUUUCUGGAAAACCAUUGCAUAAUAUUCCUGCAGAAACCAUAGGUUCGGCUGCUGAUCAUACUGAUAAAAAUGUGAACAGUAAGCCAAGACACCCUCUGAGGUCAUAUUUGGAUUAUGUUGGUUAUCUUUAUCAAAGAAUGGAACCGCUAUCAGAGCAAGAACGGAUUGAGCUUGGUUAUAGGGAUUUUUUACAAGCUCCAUUGCAACCUCUGAUGGAUAAUCUGGAGGCUCAAACAUAUGAAACUUUUGAGAAGGACUCAGUGAAAUAUUUACAGUAUCAACGGGCAAUCAGUAAAGCCUUACUGGAUAGGGUAUCCGACGGGGAGGCAUCAACGGUAACCACUGUGUUAAUGGUUGUUGGAGCAGGACGAGGACCUCUUGUGAGAGCAUCAUUGCAGGCUGCCGAGGAAACUGGACGCAAGCUUAAAGUUUAUGCUGUAGAAAAAAAUCCAAAUGCUGUGGUCACACUUCAUAGUUUGGUUAAACUGGAAGGAUGGGAAAAUAUCGUUACCAUAGUUUCUUGUGAUAUGCGUCUUUGGAAUGCUCCUGAAAGGGCUGACAUCCUGGUCAGUGAAUUGCUGGGAUCUUUUGGUGAUAAUGAGCUGUCUCCCGAGUGUCUUGAUGGAGCCCAACGGUUUCUGAAGCAAGAUGGAAUCUCAAUACCCUCAUCGUACACAAGUUUCAUCCAACCAAUAACUGCUUCAAAGCUAUAUAAUGAUGUCAAGUCGCAUAAAGAUCUUGUCCAUUUUGAAACUGCUUACGUUGUAAAACUGCAUGGUGUUGCCAGACUUGCUCCUACAAAACCUGUUUUUACGUUUAACCAUCCAGACUACUCAACUAAGAAAAGCAACCAACGAUACAAGAAGCUUCAGUUUGAGAUACCACGAGACACUGGAUCGGCAAUGGUACAUGGAUUUGCUGGCUACUUUGAUGCAACACUUUACAAAGAUGUACAUCUCGGUAUUGAACCAUCAAUGGCCACGCCAAACAUGUUCAGCUGGUUUGCAAUAUUUUUUCCGCUAAGACAACCAAUAUGCGUACAACCUGGAUCCCCUCUUGAAGUACAUUUUUGGCGUUGUUGUGGCUCUACCAAGGUUUGGUAUGAAUGGUGUGUGACGUCUCCUAGGCCAUCGCCUAUUCACAACAGCAAUGGCCGUUCAUACUGGGUAGGUCUUUAGAAGUAUUAAAUUGUGAGGAGAAGGAAAAUGCAUUUGCUUCUUCAUUUGGGUCAAAGGCAGCAACCCUGAGCAAGUAUUGAUAUAUAGUUUCCCGUGUGUUCUUGGAACUAUCAAGUAAAUUGAGAACAUUUAAUGAUGCGCUACUGAUUUUUGGAGUGGAUUUA